CUCUGGUCCAAGCCAUCUUCAACCGCGAUAUAGAGGAGGUGCGGUCGUUGCUCAAUCAGAAGGAGAACAUUAAUGUAUUGGACCAAGAAAGAAGAACGCCGCUGCAUGCUGCUGCCUACAUAGGAGAUGUUGCAAUCCUCGAGCUCCUCAUACUGUCAGGUGCUAAUGUUAAUGCAAAGGACACUGUUUGGCUCACCCCGUUACACCGCGCUGCGGCUUCUCGGAACGAGAAGGCACUUCACCUCCUCCUGAAGCACUCUGCAGAUGUCAAUGCCCGUGACAAGUAUUGGCAAACACCUCUGCAUGUCGCCGCUGCCAACCGGGCCACCAAAUGCGUGGAGGCCAUCGUCCCCCUGCUGAGCACUGUCAACGUGGCGGACCGCACGGGCCGCACCGCGCUGCACCACGCCGUGCACAGCGGCCACCUCGAGAUGGUGAACCUGCUGUUGAACAAAGGGGCCAGCCUGAGUACUUGUGACAAGAAGGACCGCCAGCCCAUCCACUGGGCAGCUUUCCUUGGGCAUUUGGAAGUUCUGAAGCUGCUGGUGGCCCGGGGAGCUGAUGUGAUGUGUAAGGACAAGAAGGGCUACACCCUGCUGCACACUGCGGCAGCCAGCGGCCAGAUCGAAGUUGUACGUCACCUGCUGAGGCUGGGAGUCGAGAUCGAUGAACCAAAUUCCUUCGGUAACACUGCACUUCACAUUGCCUGUUACAUGGGCCAAGAUGCCGUGGCCAACGAGCUGGUCAAUUACGGCGCCAACGUCAAUCAGCCUAACGAGAAGGGCUUCACCCCUCUGCACUUUGCUGCCGUCUCCACCAAUGGGGCCCUGUGCCUAGAGCUCCUCGUGAACAACGGGGCCGAUGUCAACUUUCAGAGUAAGGAAGGGAAGAGCCCUUUGCACAUGGCUGCCAUUCACGGACGGUUCACGCGUUCACAGAUCCUCAUUCAGAAUGGCAGUGAGAUUGACUGUGCUGACAAAUAUGGCAAUACCCCCCUCCACGUUGCUGCUAGAUACGGCCACGAGCUGCUAAUUAGUACUUUGAUGACGAAUGGUGCUGACACUGCAAGGCGUGGGAUCCACGACAUGUUCCCUCUGCACUUAGCUGUUCUCUUUGGAUUUUCAGACUGUUGUCGUAAGCUACUUUCCUCAGGUCAGUUGUACAGUAUCGUCUCCUCGCUGAGCAAUGAGCACGUGCUGUCUGCAGGCUUUGAUAUCAACACACCUGACAACCUCGGGAGGACUUGCCUCCACGCUGCUGCUUCUGGAGGGAACGUUGAAUGUCUUAAUUUGCUGUUGAGCAGCGGUGCUGACUUGAGGAGGAGAGAUAAAUUUGGAAGGACUCCACUGCACUACGCAGCUGCCAACGGCAGCUAUCAGUGUACGGUGACGCUGGUCACGGCAGGAGCCAGUAUUAACGAGGCUGACUGUAAAGGCUGUACCCCCUUACACUAUGCUGCUGCUUCGGACACGUACAGGAGUUGUUUAGAGUUCCUGCUGGAUAAUGGUGCUGACCCAUCCCUCCGGGACAAGCAGGGAUAUACCGCUGUCCACUAUGCAGCUGCGUACGGCAACAGGCAGAACCUCGAACUGCUUCUGGAAAUGUCUUUUAACUGCCUGGAGGAUGUGGAAAGCACCAUUCCAGUCAGCCCUUUGCACUUAGCUGCCUAUAAUGGUCACUGUGAAGCCCUAAAGACACUUGCUGAAACCCUCGUGAACCUCGACGUGCGGGACCACAAGGGGCGGACGGCGCUGUACCUCGCCACGGAGAGAGGCUCCACGGAGGGCGUGGAGGUGCUCNNNNUGGAAGGAGGGGACCCGUCUGUACCUGUGUGUGACUCCUUCCCUCACCCCUUGUCUCCAGCUGCCAACGGGAACACUGAUUCCCUGCACCUCCUGAUAGACAGCGGGGAGCGGGCAGACAUCACCGACGUCAUGGACAUCCACGGCCAAACCCCACUGAUGCUGGCGAUCAUGAAUGGCCACGUUGACUGUGUCCAUCUCCUGCUGGAGAAGGGAUCCACAGCCGAUGCAGCAGACAAGAGGGGGAGGACCGCCCUGCACCGAGGGGCUGUGACAGGGUGUGAGGACUGCCUGGCUGCCCUGCUGGACCAUGAUGCCUUCGUUCUGUGUCGGGAUUUCAAAGGCCGGACCCCGAUCCACUUUGCGUCGGCGUGUGGGCACUUAGAAAUCCUGAGGACCCUGCUGCAGGCAGCCCUCUCUACUGACCCUCUGGACUCUGUCGUGGACUACAGCGGCUACUCACCGAUGCACUGGGCUUCAUACAGUGGGCAUGAAGAUUGUCUUGAAUUGUUACUUGAACACAACCCGUUUGCAUACCUAGAAGGAAAUCCCUUUACUCCAUUGCACUGUGCAGUAAUUAACAACCAGGAUGGCACUGCUGAAAUGCUGGUGGAAGCAUUAGGUGCCAAGAUUGUUAAUAGCAGAGAUGCCAAAGGAAGGACACCCCUUCACGCUGCUGCCUUUGCAGACAACAUCCAUGGUUUACAGCUGCUUCUGCGCCACCAAGCCGAGGUGGACAUGACUGACAAGCUGGGGAGGACUCCCCUGAUGAUGGCUUCUGAGAAUGGGCACACUGCAGCAGUUGAGUUCCUGCUGUACCAAGCAAAAGCAAAUAUAACUGUGCUGGAUGUCAACAAGAACACAGCUCUUCACCUGGCCUGCAGCAAGGGUCAUGAAAAGUGUGCCUUGUUGAUCCUGGGGGAAACCCAAGACCUUGGCCUUAUCAAUGCAAGUAACAGUGCUCUGCAGAUGCCGCUCCACAUUGCAGCUCGGAACGGGCUGGCCUCCGUCGUCCAGGCCCUGCUCAGCAGAGGUGCCACUGUGCUGGCUGUGGAUGAAGAAGGUCAUACCCCAGCCUUGGCAUGUGCUCCCAACAAGGACGUCGCUGACUGCCUGGCACUUAUCCUCUCCACCAUGAAGCCUUUCCCACCUAAAGACGCCAUCAGCUCUUUCAGCUUCAACCUCCUCAAGAACUGCGGCAUUGCAGCCAAAACCGCCGCCUGCGGGGCUCUGCCCAACGGCAGCACCUGCCCCUACGGCAAGGACCGGCACAACGCCAUCGGCUUGGACGGCUGUUACUCGGAGUAG